GCACUUCUCAUCUAAAUUUACCCUUAAGCUAGCCAAGACGAAGAAUCUCUCCAACAAGAAGAACAAGAAUGGCGUUAACUCCAUCGACACUCACUUCUCGUGUAAAUAUGUCCGAUCAUCCUCCUUCCUCUCUUCAUUUUCUUCUUCCUCGUGGAUCAUCCUUUCCUUCUUCCUUUUCCCUCCACUUAUCCGCGCUGAAUAGAUCUAUGAUCUGCUUUGAGGCCCUCAAGGUUCUGUCCAGAUCCAAGUGUUUUGCCAAAUCUCCCACAACUGCAGAGGAAUUCGUCGGCGAUUACGAUUCUCUGAACGUUGGCGGCGGCGAAGACGACGACGGUAGCAGCGGUGACGAUGGAGAUAAUAACGGAGGAGGAAGAGAGGAUGCAAAGAAGAUCGAUUCUUCUUCUUCUACUACUUCUACUUCUACUUCUACUGUAUCCUCCUCAAGUGAUUCUACUUCGCUGGGGAUUCGUGAGCCUGUUUAUGAGGUUGUUGAAGUGACGGCGACGGGAGCAAUAUCUACAAGGAAGAUUAGCAGACGACAGCUUCUCAAAUCCAGUGGUCUUCGCCCACGAGAUAUCAGAAGUGUUGAUCCUUCAUUGUUUAUGACAAACUCCGUGCCAUCUCUUUUGGUACGUGAACAUGCAAUUCUACUUAAUUUGGGAUCUCUACGAGCAAUUGCAAUGCGAGACCGUGUCCUUAUCUUUGAUUAUAACCGGAGAGGAGGAAGGGCAUUUGUUGAUACAUUGAUGCCUCGGAUCAACCCAAGAAGUAUGAAUGGAGGUCCCUCCAUGCCUUUUGAACUCGAGGUUGUUGAAUCGGCGCUAAUCUCAAGGAUACAGCGGUUAGAGCAAAGGCUUAUGGAUAUAGAACCCCGUGUCCAAGCUCUUCUUGAGGUUUUGCCCAACCGCUUAACUGCUGAUAUAUUGGAGGAACUUCGUAUCAGCAAACAAAGACUGGUUGAGUUGGGUUCAAGAGCUGGAGCUCUUAGACAAAUGCUCCUUGAUCUCUUAGAGGAUCCACAUGAAAUACGCCGCAUAUGCAUCAUGGGAAGAAACUGCACACUUAAAAGAGGAAAUGACGAUAUGGAGUGUUCAUUGCCCUUAGAUAAGCAGAUUGCUGAAGAAGAAGAGGAGGAAAUUGAAAUGCUCUUGGAGAACUAUCUGCAAAGAUGCGAGUCAUGCCAUGGUCAAGCAGAAAGACUUUUGGAUUCUGCAAAGGAAAUGGAAGAUUCAAUUGCUGUCAAUCUAAGUUCUCGGAGGCUUGAAGUCAGCAGGUUCGAGCUGCUUCUUCAGGUCGGAACAUUUUGUGUUGCAGUUGGUGCUCUCAUCGCAGGUAUAUUUGGCAUGAACUUGAGGUCAUAUCUUGAAGAGCAACCUUUUGCAUUCUGGCUAACAACGUGCGGAAUCAUCAUAGGCGCUGCAGUAGGCUUCUUCCUCAUGUAUUCCUAUCUCCGUAGACGCAGAAUCUUUUGAACCUCAAAUGAUAAAAACGGUGAAAGAAGAGGUGACAAUCCGUGAAGAAAGAGACUUUUAUCACACAAUGUGGCAUUAGAGAGCCUUACUAGAAAGUUACUUAGAGACCGGUGAUUUCGUAAAAUGUCUGAUAAAAAUUUAUUGUGUGGUCUCCGUUGAACCUCGAUGAACUUUGAGUUGCCAUCAUUGCUUACGCUCUGCACAACACUAUUUGGUAAUGUUGAAUAAAUGAAUCAUAUCAAUUGGUUCGAAAGCGAAUGAAA